GCUGCAUUUCUUUCUCAGAAGUUGAGUCGGACUGUCAGGGAGAGUACAUCUUAAUGCAGCUCUCUGACAGUAUAUCAAAUAUAUACUUCCAGACAAUAUAUAUAUAUUUAUUAAUCGAUUUUUGUUUGUUAUUUUUUAUUUUUUUAGUAAGACAGAGUCUGCAAACAGCUCGUCGUGGUUGUUUUUGUUUUCAUUACUCUUCACAAACUAAUUCUGCAAGUUCUUCAUUUGGAUGCUAGCUAACUUAACAGUAACAUUAGUUGUUACAAAUCUUUCCGAUUUGUCUACGUUUAAUGAUUUUUGGACCUCCGAACUGAUAUCAGUAUAUCAGUAUAUAUAUAUAUAUAUAUAUUUUUAGCUAGCUUUGUUAAAAAUGGAUUUUAAAAACGUUAUCAGCCCCAUCACCUCUAACAACAGGCCCGACAGAAGCCACGGCCUUUCCUCACUGUCGCUGCCCGACAUGGCUUCGACUUGCAUCAAGAAUCAUCUCCUCUCUCCUGCUUCAACAAAUGUACUGUCACCCGUCACUCAUCUGGCCUUAAACAUGAACAAUCUAGCUGGACUUGGAAGCCAACAAUGUGAAACUCCCAAGAGGAAAGGACAUGUGCCCCUCCUGAAGAUGCCCUCUUUCGCCUCCGACUGCUCGUCUGAUGCUGGUCUUGGUAUGGAUUCCCCCUUAGACCCUGUGGAUGUUGAGGAGAGGUUUGACGAGGCCGUUGUGCAGUCUGGGAGAGUUGCCAACGAUAAAAUGCCAAUCCGAAGAAUCAACUCUCUACCACUGCUGUUAGGCUCCAGUCCGGCUCUGAAGAGUCCGGACCCAGAGAGCCAGCAGCACCGCUCCGGGGCCUUCGGACCCUACGGCUCAGUCCAGGAUACAGCCGCCGCCUCUGGGCAUGGUUGGCAGGGCAACAAGGAGAACCAGGAGGUGGGCUUCGAGUUUAAGAAGCCCGCCAAGCCAGCGUCACGCUGCCGUAGGAGGUCUUUCCAUAGUGGAGGAGAGAACAAGGACUUUGCCCGUCGGCCCAACUCUGCCCCAGCCCUCAUGCUGUCCCCACCCUCGUCGCAGCGCCUCAGCUCAUUGGACGACAGCAGUCCCAUGAUCCUGCGCCGCUCCUCCUUCACCCGCUCCCUUAAUGAGGAUGACGAUGGUUUCCUUGAAGUUCUGGAUGCCUGUGAGGAGGAGGAGGAGUGUGACAUGCCCAUGGGGAUGGCCAGCCUGCUGACAGCUCCUCUAGUGAGGGACAACACUGCAGUGGACUCGCCGGUGGCUCGGUGUCGGCCGAGGGGUCUGUUUCGUUCCCCCUCCAUGCCCAGUCAGGUGGAGCGCGCCCCCCUGAAGCGCCCUGAGUGUCCCCAGGAUGAGAACACGCCGGUCAGGGUGAAGAGACGACGCAGCCUGGUGGAAACGCACAUCACCAACGUGGACCAGGGCGACUGCUCUCCCAGAAAAAUGACGUUCUGUAACCACACUGAGAUUGAGAAGCUGCUGGACACUAGUGAGUCUGACCAGGACGUAGAGCUGAUCGGAGAUUUCACCAAACCCUGUGUCCUGUCCACCGUGGAGGGUAAACACCAGGACCUGAAAUACAUCACUCCUGAGAUGAUGGUGUCUGCUCUGAGCGGCCAGCUGCAUCACGUUGUCGAGAGGAUCGUGGUGAUUGACUGUCGCUACCCGUAUGAGUUUGAGGGGGGCCACAUCAAAGGAGCCCUGAACCUCUACCAGGAGGAGCAGGUAGAGGAGUACCUCCUACGCACCCCCAUCGCCCCCCUCUCCCCUGACCACAGGGUCCUCCUUGUCUUCCACUGUGAGUUCUCCUCGGAGCGAGGGCCCAGGAUGUGUCGUUUCGUACGUGAGAGGGACAGGACGAUGAACGCGUACCCUAACCUGCACUACCCAGAAAUCUACAUUCUGAAAGGAGGCUACAAAGAGUUCUUCCCUCACUUCUGGAUGCAGUGUGAGCCCCAGGGGUACCGGCCCAUGCACCACCAGGACUUUAAAGAGGACCUGAGGAAGUUCAGACUGAAGAGCAGGACCUGGGCUGGGGAGCGCAGCAAGAGGGGACUGUACAGCAGACUGAAGAAGCUGUAGCCCUACUGCCAAGCCCCCCCCCCCCCAAUAACCCU